AGAUCGACAACGUUCGACGUGUGCAGAUCAGUGCGAACUCACAACUUAUUACAACACAAAAAGAAGCACAAGAAAAAGACUAAAAAAAAACACUUGUGAAGUUUUCUUUGACGUGAAUUUACACAAAUCUUUUUGCUCGCAAAGCCAAACAAAAUUCACAAAUAAAAAACAAUAGGCUCACGCCGCUUAAAUUAAUAAACAAUCAAGUUUAUUCAAGACAACAACAACAUCAAGAAAAAAAGAAUUAUUUAAUGGAUUUGAAGUGUCAGUGACUCUAUAUACAAAAAACUAUUGACAUCCCAAAAAACGAAAGAGCAACAAAAAGCUAAAAAUAUAUAAAUAUAAACAUACACACGCGCACCACUGUAUAAUCAGUCAAUAACAACAACAACAACAAUAACAACAACUACAACUGGUGAUAAUAAAAGAACUUACAACAAAAAAUAACAACAACAACCCCAGCGAAGCCGAAGCAGAAGCUGAGUUUUAAAUUAAACAAAGGAGAGAUACAAAAAAAAAACAAAAAAAAUAUUUAUUCGUGUUGAUAUCAUUCAAGUAUUUUCGUUGAAAUUACACACGGCAUUUAAAUUUAUAUAAAUAAAUAAUUAUGGCUGCUUACUUGGAUCCUACUGGACAAUACUGAAAGAAGAAGAACUCGUCAUUUUAGUUUUUCUGUCUCUACUCUAAAGUAAUCAUCUUUAAAAUGGCCUUCUACCUGGAUCCCACGGGUCAAUAUUGAACAAACUAGAAAACUAUUUUUAACGCUUUUCCACACUGUAAAAGAAAAAUCCACAAAAUGUCGCUGGCUUUGGAUCCCACUGGCACCUACUAAAAACGCAACUAGACCAACUUAAAGUCUAAAAUUUGAUAUUGAUUUGCUUAUCAAAGAAAAAGGAGAUAAAAAAAGAAAUAAGAAAAAAUGCUGGAUCCCACGGGUACCUAUCGUCGUCCGCGUGACACGCGUGACACGCGCCACAAGCAGCGACAGGCAGUUGUCGCCUUGGAUCCCACUGGGCAAUAUUAGGGCGUAAGCCACACCCACAAUCCACAAUCCACAUCCAUUUUUGCCUUAUCCACGAAGGAAUU